CACACACACUUUCAAUAUUGGUUAACGAAAUAUAACUUUGUGCUUAGCAAAAGUAAUUGUUAUCAAGAUGUCUAAUUUCACAGAAGAACUUGUUUUCUCAGUGUUACAAUAUUUUGACGAGGAAGCUUUUACGGAAACCGCACACACGCUUGGACGUGAAAGUGGUUUGUACUUUGACUUGAAGUAUUUUGAGGAUUUGGUACUUAAAGGCAAUUGGGAUGAAGUUGAGAAGUAUCUUUCUGGCUUCACAAAAGUUGAAGACAAUAAUCACUCAAUCAAAAUAUACUUUGAAAUAAGAAAACAAAAAUACCUUGAGGCAUUGGACAGCAAUGAUCGUAUUAAGGCUUUAGAUAUCCUUAUGAAGGAUUUAAAAGUCUUUGGCUCAAGGAAUGAAGAACUAAUUAAAGAGUUGACUCACCUUUUGACGUUUAACAAUAUAAGAGAACAUAAAUCACUUUCAACAUAUCAAGAUGCAAAUUCUGCGAGGAAGAAAGUGAUGGAUGAAAUUAGGAAAGUGAUAGAACAACAUCCUAUGUUAGAUCAAAAAUUGAAAUUCCCUGCCAUUAAACGUCAGAGACUAAGGCAUCUUCUUCAAAAUGAAAGAAUAAAUGGGCAGCAUCAAAAUCAAAUUCAAAAUCAAAAUCAAAUUCAAAUUCAAAAUCCUGUUAUAGGGACUGCUCCUGCACAACAUGGUAACUUAAUAAAUCAUGUGGAUCAUUCAAUACCAUCUACUUCUACUGCAACAAAUCCAAAUUCAGAAUUGGAUUUGAAUAAUCAUGGGAUUCCUAAUGAAAUAAUCAAAGAAAGAUCUCCUGUGACUUUUAAUGAGAGUGGCUGCUUAAAAACUUUGGAGGACAUGAAACUUGAUUCAAUUGAAAAAUCCCACAAAUUAUCAAAGUCUAUACCUCAUAUUUUAAAACCAUCUGAAUGCCAGUUAUUGCUACUCCCUACUCAUUCUGAACAAAAUAAGAUUGUUAGACUUGCUUACACCAAUGCUGGAAAUGGAAUUUUGGCAUUGACAUCAAAUGCUACUCAUCUACUUUGGUUAUGGCCACAUACUAGCCAUGAUUUGAAUGCUAAGGCAACAACACAAGUUUCUCCUCAAUUGUGGCAUCCAAGAAAUGGUUUGCAAUUUAUGAGCAAUGACCUUACAAUGGCCAAAUCUAGAGAUUUAGUUUCUUGCUUUACUAUAUCAAAAAAGGAUUCAUAUCUCAUAUCAACAUCAGGGGGGAUGAUUUCUUUGUUCAAUAUGAUCACAUUUAAGAAUCUAGCGAAUUUCUUGCCGCCGCCACCAAUGGUAACAAGUCUUGUCUUCUACCCUGAAGAUAACAACAUACUUCUUGUUGGUUUGGAUGAUUCCACCAUACUUAUAUACCAUAUUCAAAAAUAUGAGGUUCAAAACAAGCUUGAGGGCCAUUCAAAACGAGUUACUGCUCUUGCAUUUUCAAAUACUUUGAAUGUUCUUGUUUCUAUUGAUGCAGAUGCUCAGGUUAUUGUAUGGAAUAGCACUAAUUGGAAAAAAUUGAGAGAUAGGAACUUGCAAAUACAUGGACAAAAUGUGCCACAAAUAUCAUCUGAAAUUCAAAUUCAAUUUCACCCUGAUCAACAAAAAUUUCUUGUUGUACAUAAUUCUCAUCUUGGAAUAUAUGAAGCAACAGAACUAAAAUGUGUCAACCAGUGGAAUCCAGAUGUUUCACAAGUAAUCUCCCAAGCAACAUUUUCAUGUGAUGGUCAAAUGGUGUAUGCUAGUUUUGUUGAUGGGACUUUGGCAAUAUUUGAUUCAUCAAAUUUUCAAAUGAAAUGUAUAAUUCAUUCUUCUAUUUACCUUUCAUCAAUUUUCAGUGCGAAAAUCUACCCAACAUAUAUAGCUGCACAUCCAAAGAAACCAAACCAAUUUGCAGCAGGAUUCACAGAUGGUAGUGUUUAUGUGUUUGAGCCUAAAGAAGAAUGUGGUAAUUGGAUCAUGUCUCAAGUUGAUAACGAACCAACUAACACCAUUGCAAAUGGAUCAAUUAAGGUUGAGAUGGAUUAACACAUGAAUAUGUUCACCAAAUUAACAUUAAUGUGUACAUAUUUAUUUGGCCAAACCUUUCAAUUUAGGCUUCAUAUUUACAAGUUUUUGAAUUUAGGAUUUCUAGUCAAUCUUUUGAUAUUAGUGUUCUUAGAAUUGAUAAUUGAAUAAAUGAAUUAUUGUUUAAUAGGAGACAUAGUUGAUAUGUCAGUAAUUAUUUAUA